GAGUGGGUUCGCGCUAUCCCGGAGUCGUGCUGCAGCAUUCACAUUUUAAUGAACUCCUGGUUGAUUCAUUAACAUUCUGCUUGUAAAGCGUUGCUUUGUCGAGGAGGGGGGUUGCACAGAGCUCGUGGAUGCUAGGUUUGAAAGGAAAGAAAACGAUCGUGGUACAUUUGAAACAGCAAUAAAGGAGGGGAGAGCUGGAUUAAUCUGACAGUUCUCUGUGUGUGUUUUUUUGGGGGGUAACAGAAGUUCUGAGGAUUCUUCGGUUGGAAUAACUGUUCGUAUCUCCCACACGAUUGCGUAUCGGAAACACUGUUGCAAUGUCAUCUCAGACGACUAUCCCGGAGCUAUGUGGGAAAGAGAUGCUAUCAAGUUUGAAUACUUUGCUACUUGGUUAGUUGCGGGCGUUGUGGGGUCUGAUCGGGAGUGCUUGCCGGAUCCAAGAACUUCUCUCCGGAGAGCCUUAUGGAGGAAAACCGGAGCCCUCGGAGCCAGAAUUCACGACAUGCCAAGCCUUCCAACAUGCAGAUCUGCACCUGCGUUUUGUGACAUUGAAGGGGAUGAAGCUGACCAACAUGGGGAAUUUCGGCUUGCUGCUUUUGGUGCUUCCGGCUCUUCUGGCCCAGUACAGCCCGGCCCGCGGAGCGGAGAAGUCCUACCCCGUCCUGAACAUUGCUGUUAUUUUAGGGCGGAACCGCUACAUCACAGAGAGAGACAUCCGGGGCCUGUGGGUCAAGGACAUGGUCCCCGAGCUGACCCUUGACGUCAAUGUGGUCACUAUCUUGGUGAACCAGACCGACCCGAAAAGUAUCAUAACUCACAUCUGUGACCUGAUGUCUGGAACCAAAAUCCAUGGGGUGGUUUUUGGGGACGACACAGACCAGGAAGCGGUUGCUCAGAUUUUGGAUUUUAUUUCGUCCCAGACUUUCAUACCCAUCCUGGGAAUCCACGGGGGAUCCUCCAUGAUCAUGGCAGACAAGGAUCAGAUGUCCACGUUCUUCCAGUUCGGGGCUUCUAUUCAGCAGGAAGCCCUGCUGAUGCUGAACAUCAUGAAGGAGUACGACUGGCACACGUUCUCUGUGGUGACCAGCAAGUUCCCGGGGUAUCAGGAUUUCCUCACCAUCAUAAAGACCACGGUGGACAACAGCUUCGUAGGGUGGGAUUUACAGAACAUGAUCACUCUGGAUGCCGUGGUCGGGGAUACGAAGACCCAGAUCCAGCUGAAGAAGAUCCAUUCCAACGUGGUCCUGCUGUACUGCUCGAAGGACGAAGCCAGUUACAUCCUGGACGAGGCACGCUCUUUGGGCUUGACGGGAUACGGCUCCGUCUGGAUUGUCCCCAGCUUGAGCACGGGCAACACCGAGAUCACUCCCGACGAGUUCCCGUCCGGGAUGAUUUCGGUUUCGUACGAUGACUGGGACUACCCCCUGGAAGCCAGGGUGCGGGACGGCCUGGGGAUUAUAACCAGCGCCGCCACUGCCAUGCUGGAUCAAUACAGCUUCAUUCCGGAGGCGAAGACCAGCUGCUACGGACCACUGGAACAAAGCGAGCUGCCGUCCAACGCCUUGCACAAAUUUAUGAUGAAUGUGACCUGGAAUGGCAGAGACUUGUCCUUCACAGAAGACGGAUAUCAAGCAAACCCCAAGCUAGUUGUCAUAGUUUUGAACAAGGACAGGGUAUGGGAGAAGGUGGGACGCUGGGAGAACAGUAGCCUGUCUCUGAAGUACCCCGUGUGGCCCCGGUACAACUCCUUCGGGGACGCAGAGGCCGAUGACAACCACCUGAGCAUCGUCACCUUGGAGGAGGCACCCUUUGUCAUCGUGGAGAACGUGGACGAGCUCACUGGGACCUGCAUGAGGAACUCCGUCCCCUGCCGGAAGCACAUCAAGCAGGACAACACAACGAAUGAAGGAACCUACAUUAAGAAAUGCUGCAAAGGAUUCUGCAUCGACAUCCUGAAGAAGAUCGCCAAGGCCGUGAAGUUCACCUAUGACCUUUACUUGGUAAUGAAUGGGAAGCAUGGUAAAAAGAUCAACCAUGUGUGGAAUGGAAUGGUUGGUGAAGUGGUUUACAAGCGUGCUGUCAUGGCUGUGGGGUCUCUCACGAUCAACGAAGAGCGCUCCGAGGUCAUUGACUUUUCAGUCCCCUUCGUUGAAACCGGGAUAAGCGUCAUGGUGUCAAGAAGUAACGGGACGGUUUCCCCAUCUGCUUUUCUAGAACCCUUCAGUGCUUCAGUGUGGGUGAUGAUGUUCGUCAUGCUGCUCAUUGUCACAGCCAUGGCUGUCUUCAUAUUCGAGUACGUCAGCCCCAUGGGUUUCAACAGGAAUCUAGCGCAAGGCAGAGACCCCCACGGUCCAUCGUUCACCAUUGGAAAAGCGGUAUGGCUGCUCUGGGGACUGGUGUUUAAUAACUCUGUGCCGGUGCAGAACCCCAAAGGAACGGCCAGCAAAAUCAUGGUUUCGGUCUGGGCUUUCUUUGCUGUCAUCUUUCUGGCCAGCUACACUGCUAACCUGGCAGCCUUCAUGAUCCAAGAGGAGUUUGUUGACCAGGUGACGGGGCUCAGUGACAAUAAGUUUCAGAGACCCUAUGACUACUCUCCUCCCUUCCGGUUUGGUACUGUUCCCAAUGGAAGCACCGAAAGGAACAUUCGAAACAACUACCCCGACAUGCACCAGUACAUGGUGAAAUAUCACCAGAGAGGCGUGCAGGACGCCCUGGUCAGCCUCAAGACCGGAAAGCUGGAUGCAUUCAUAUAUGAUGCGGCUGUUUUAAACUACAUGGCUGGGAGAGACGAGGGCUGUAAGCUGGUUACCAUUGGCAGCGGCUAUGUCUUUGCAACCACGGGCUACGGCAUCGCUCUGCAGAAGGGCUCCUUCUGGAAACGGCAGGUGGAUCUAGCUCUGCUGGCUCUGGUGGGAGACGGUGAGAUGGAGGAGCUGGAGGCCCAGUGGCUGACUGGCAUCUGCCACCAUGAGAAGAACGAAGUGAUGAGCAGCCAGCUGGACGUCGACAACAUGGCUGGGGUCUUCUACAUGCUCGCUGCGGCCAUGGCCCUCAGCCUCAUCACCUUCAUCUGGGAGCACCUGUUUUACUGGAAGCUCCGAUUCUGCUUCACGGGAGUCUGCGACGGAACGCCUGGAUUCCUGUUCUCAAUAAGCAGAGGAAUUUGGAGCUGUAUUCACGGUAUUCAUAUUGAAGAAAAGAAAAAGUCUUCUGACUUAGACUUCAGCAGUCCACAUGCCAACAUGUUGAAGUUAAUUAAGUCAGCCAAAAACAUGACCAACAUGACAAACCUGAGCUCAUCAAGGAUCAAUUCUCCCAAGCGAACCUCCGACUUCAGUCACAGAGGGUCCCUGAUGAUGGACAUGGUGGGUGACAAAGGAAACUUCCACUUCGCUGACAACCGGAGCUGCCCUGCAAAAGAGGCUCUCUACCCUGACAACGUGAGCGACCUGCAGUCGGUUAUGGGAAACAGGCACAAAGACAUCUUAAACAACUACAUCUUUCAGAGCCAGCACCCCCUGACUCUGAACGAGUCCAAUCCCAACACCGUGGAGGUGGCCGUCAGUGCCGAGACCGCCCCAGCAAACCCCAAGCCCCGGCAGCUUUGGAAGAAGUCUGUGGAGACGCUGCGGCAAAAUCAGGGGUCCGUGCAAGAGUCCCUCCCGGUCGACCCGAGGCAUUCCAUUAAAAGCCAGCGAUACCUGCCAGAAGAGGCUGCUCAUUCUGAUGUGUCUGACUGCUCGAGCAGAGCUGCUUCCUACAAGGACCCAGAUAACAACCAGAAGCACCACAAGCCCAAGGACAAUUUAAAAAAAAGAUCGAUGACAUCAAAAUACCCUAGGGACUGCAGCGAAGUGGAGCUGUCCUACUUAAAGAGCAAGCAGAGCGGCUCCACACGCGAAAAGAUUUACACCAUAGACGCUGAAAGGGAGCUGGGUUUGCAUGGAGACCAGCACCUUUGUAGGGAAAACAGGCUGCCGGAGGACUUGGAGUACCCCUCCGAAAUGUACCAGGAUCACAACGACAACUACAGGAAACCAGAACCCAUCAUCCAUCUCAAUAGCAGCCCCCUUCACCCCCAAGAGAUCAUCCCCAACAAUGAAAACAAGUACAGUCUGUAUUCCAAGCACUACAGCUUCAACGUCAGCCCUCACGAGGCAAACGACAGGUACAAACAGACUCACUGCCGGAGCUGUCUUUCCAAGGUGCCAAAUUACUCGGGGCAUUUUGCCGCCAGGUCUCCUUACAACCGCUGUGAGGCCUGCGUGCACAUGGGCAACUUGUACGACAUCAGAGAAGAUCAAAUGCUGCAGGAAGCCCUGAACCCCAUGCUUCAGGACGAAAUGUUUGGACAGCACUGGCCCCAGACUGACGGGCCGCAGGUACAGAAGAGGAAUAGACUGAGGCUGAGCAGACAGCAUUCCUUUGACAAUAUCCUGGAGAAGCCCAGGGAGAUGGACCUGGGCCGGCCGGCGCGGAGCGUGAGCUUGAAGGAGAAGGACAGGCUUCUCGAGGACAGCCCUUAUGCAAACAUGUUUAAUCUCAAACCAGACAAGCUGUUCGACAGCAAGCCCACCUUCUUCAACCACAACCUGGAGGAGAGCAAACGCAACAAUUUCCUUCAGCAAGGACCCUUAUGCUUAAUUUAGCCCUUGAAAACUACUGAGGCAAGACAGAGAACAUUAGGAAUCUCAUUUCCGCUGUCAGGACCAUGCUUCCUAAGUGAAACAACAAGCACUGGGGUUUAACACAGUCAUCUGUUCAGCUCCAGCCACAAUCUGCCUCUUUGUCUUCAGUUUUUCCACUUUUAAUAAAACAAAAACAAUCUUGUACUUCGAUUUUGGAAGCCAGUAUCGGAAGCUGCAGAAGCAGUGAAUAUGAAUUCUAUACUUUACUACAUGCUGUACAGCCCUUUCUACCGACUUGUCCAUAACUCAUAAUUGGUGCUGCUUAAAACAAAUUCAUACCCAACAUAUGUUCAUGUCAUUUGCAAUCCACUGUUGGGUGCUCGUGAUCACAACUGGACACAUUAUUCCAAGCAUUCUACAGUAUAAAUAUUACAAUCACUUCCCUAGAUUUCUUGGCUCUCCUUUUUGACAAGGCAAGAGUUCAUCAAACCACCAGCAAUUCAUAAGGACCAGUGGAACUAGCAUCUCUCCUCCUCCCUCUUCUUCAUCAAUACAUAGCCAAUCGUGAGAUCAAUAAGCAUAUGAUUGAUCCUUCUAGCUGGGUGUCUGAAAGAAGGCAUAAACAAUCUUUUAUUUCUGAUUGCAGAAGUGGCUGUCAACAGAGCAGUAACUCAGCAAACCUGCAAUUGGCCGCUGUGUCUGGCUGGUUCUUACAAAACAAAAUGUGAUUAAGUACCUCUGUCCAUAUUCACCAUUCCACAGGGGCACUAACCUGGGGUAUGAGGCUGCUUAGCCAUGAGUCAUCAUGCUUAUUUCAUUUGCUGUGUACUUAUUUAACAAUGUGUUCAUUUUAAAUAGUUAGCAAAUGCAUUCGAACACAGUUUUAAUGAAUUUCAGUCUAAAAUUAAAUGAGGGAAUUCAGCACGCAAUCCCAAGCGCAUGAUGACAAAUGCAAAUGUGUUUCAUUAAAUCACUUUGCUUGGUUAUUUAAAACCAAUCUCAUUUUUAAAUAAUGUCAAAUCAAUACAAACAAAAGUUCUGCUUAAAUGAACGGCAUGGAUCUGCUAAGCCUCAUUUCUCCCUUCUGUCAUUUCUUUUGCAGAUGCAUGCAAAUGUAUUCUUUAUAUUACGUGGAAACCGUACCAGUUAUAAUUACCGUCUUGCAAUUUAAUAGGCAUAUUUAUUCCUCAUCAGAGACGUUGUUUAGUGCUGCCCAUGUGUUGCUCAUUCCCCAUGUGUGCUUUGCUCAUAGCACCAGACCUCUCCUGUCCUGUCCUUCCCAUCUGAGCACGUUCUCAUUCAAUCCCACUGGUUUGGCCCCUUUAGGCAGUUCUGCUCAUGCAGCUUAUUUAAAAGCAAGUUUCCAAGCUGUACUAUUAAAGAUGGAAUUAUAAUAUCCAUGUAUGGAAAUUAACUUAAGAUAUUGUAAUCCUGAAUAUCAUGGCUAUUUAUUAAUGUUACAUAAAAAAAGACCUAUUACUUACAAAUGAAAUGCAUCAGACCUCUUUGGUAUCUGAGUUCAAAUGCCUGUCAAGCAAGUUUAUUUUUGAAGCUAGCAAAUAAACCCCCACGAUUACGCCAGAUGCUCUCGAUUCUCCACGCACAUUUUUGAGUUGUGGUGAUACAGAACUUCAGUGGUAGCUAGGGGGAGAACUGUUCCUAUAAAUGUCAUGCCACCCACUCAUGUGUUUCCAGACAAUGCCUUUGAUCCCUGUGCUUGGAUCAUUCAUCAUGUUAUGACAAACAAGCUCUUCACAUUCCAACCCCCUCCUUCAGCCCAUAGUUACUUCACGGGGCAUGAGUCACCACGAUUAUAGAUAAUCUGGAAGCACGCCACACUGAUGUGUACACGAAAUGAGUCUCAAUGACACAAAUGAUAGUGACCCGUACAGGGACUGCAAGAACAGAACCCUGAGAUUGAAAGUGAAAUCGUAGAAUCCCUGUGUGAUCAUGUACAGUAAGUGCUAACGUGCAUGUAGAUGUUUCAUUACCAGAACAGCAUGAAGACAUGUCUGUAAUUAUCCUCAUACAGUGUGUGCAAUAAUAUAGUUUUAAACAGCUAAGAAGGUUUUAGACCACCAAUACAAGGAAGCUUUGAUUUCAGUUCACAAAUGAAUUCCUUUUUCCUGUGCUCUUACACAAGAUUAUUUAUUAAACAUCGAGAAAUGUUGUGUUGUUAAAGAUUUUGAUGGUAAUUAACUUGGAUUGUCAACUUGUAGGCCUAUGGUUUGCUUGAGAACUUGAAGGCAAUCUCUCUCUCUCUCUCUCUCUCUCUCUCUCUCUCUCUCUCUCUCUCUCUCUCUCUCUCUCUCUCUCUCUCUCUCUCUCUCUCUCCCCCUCUCUCUCUCUCUCUCUCUCUCUCUCUCUCUCUCUCUCUCUCUCUCUCUCUCUCUCUCUCCCCCCUCUCUCUCUCUCUCUCUCUCUCUUGCUUGGUAAGCCUCUGCAUUGUACUGAUAAUGGAAAUUUAACAAGGAAGCUGGAUACCGUGCGAGAACGUGUCAGUCGGUCAGACGUUUGCAUCGAUCUUGCCCUUUUUCAUUGUUCUUUUUCCUGUACUUAAUUGAUUUGCAGGCUGGUCUACACUGUAACCACAGAACUACAAUAUCUAAAGAUCUUAGUCUACAAAACUGAUUCUGAUAAACAACCAUGCAGUGCAGGGUAUCAGUACUGAAGCGACUACAGCAGGCAUCUGUAAAUUAGCAAAGCUGUAAAGUUACUGUACUGUUAGCAUACAGCAUGGUACUGUGGAGUCACUUUCUGCUAAUGCUGUGAGGAUGUGGAGAAGCAAAAGCAGACAGUUUAUUGUCAUGUAUUUGAAUGCCGGUAUACAUCUUUAAAGGUUUCUUAUAACUUAUUAGUUUUAUAAGUGAAAAAAGGGAAUAUCUUAAGUCAGCUUUUUUUUGUCUAAUAUGGACUAUCUACCACUUGAAUUACUUAAAAGGGUGCAAUAAAUCAUUACAUGCCCAAGCUCUUCCAAGCAGUAUUGAAGUUGCAAUGAAUUACUUUUGCAAACUGGCUGAGCAAUGCAUGCCCCAGAUGGAUUGUUUUCUGUAGAGGAUGUACAGUAUACUGAUAAAAAAAAAAAAAAAAAAAAAAACAGCAACCGGCAUGUCACAUUUUCCUUCACAUUUAGCAAAAAAUGAUGUUAAAGUUUUUCCUACUUUUAUUAAUGUGUAUGUGUUGAAUAUACUGUACAAAACAAAACACCAAUGCUGUUAAACUGUAUGGAAUGCUUGGGUUCAACUGUCUGCUCGUAGAAUUGAAGUUGUAUUUAGGUUUGGAUAGAUGACCAGCAUGGGGUCCCCUUAUUUUGCGGGACACCUGUUACCAGGACGUAAUGUUGAAUAUAAAAGCAGCAUAGUUAGUGCUGAUUGGAGGGAGAUCGUUUGAGGGAUCGUGCAAACUCAAGCCUCCCAGUUCCUAUUCAGAUCUAUUACUCAAAUCCAAUAGCUUUGAUCAGUGCACUGUUGGUUAUCAUAUCAGAGCGUGGAGUUCUUUGGAGGUCAUGGCUGCGAUGUCAAGCUCUCCAGACAGCAUGAAUAAACUCAAGAAAAAGGAAAUUGCUUUUCAUUUCAUUAAGCCGCUCCCAUGCUCUAAUACAUUCAGCAGAAACACAUUUCUUCAGACUUAAAAUGGACUAUUGAAGCAUUACUAUCUCUUCUAGGGUAAUAGUUAUGGCAAUGUAUUCAUGCGUUUGCUUCCUGGAUAUCAACAGUGAUCAAUCAGAUUGUAUUUUAUAUUUAUUUUGCAAUGAUUAAGGCAGACUGCAGUAAACCACUUUGCAGUAGUAUUUAAAUAACCUGAAGUCCUUGUGAAUUACAUUGUGCUGGGGUUAUUAUUGCAGGGUGUCUGUGUUUCUUUUAGAUGAUUUUAGUUACUCCAAACUCAAUUUGUGCCCGCUUUCUUAUUUUUGUAAGCUUUUCUUCUUUUGCAUUAUCCGGCAUAACUGAGUACUAAACAUUGCUCACCCUUCUAUAAUAAUUACAUUUUCACAUGUCCUUCUGUCGUUGAUAUUCAUUACAUGUGUAAUAACAACAUGUGUGUAACACAAUACCGCAGUUUGAGGAUGUGUUAUAAACAUGUAAUAAACAUAAUAUGCAUGUGUUAUAAAGUAUGAAGCUAUCCGCUGGUAAUGCCAUUAUUGUAAUAAGUGUUAUUCCUUGUUAAUCAGCUCAUACAGUAGCACUGGAUUGUCACUUUGAUUCUGUUUUGCCGGAGAAGAGAGAAUAUAGCAAAUGGAUUUUAGGGUUUUCAGGUGUGUGUGAACUGCAGAGGGAUACUUCAGUAACCUUGUACUGUUAUUAGAUCAAAUAAGCAAAGCGAUGAUUCAGGCAGGGAGCUCACUUUUAACCUUAGGUCAAAUCACAGAAACAUCAAGCAUAUUUUAGGUGCUUCCAAUGCUCUGAACAAAUCUUUCAGUUGAAUAGCUGGCAUCUUAUUUGUCUUUCAAUAAACAAGCGAGGCCAAAGGCCAAAGAGUUGUAGUGUGAAAAUAUGUAUACUGUAGUAAUGAUGUCCAGUCUAAGCUUUAAUAAGUAAUCUAUCGCAUGAGUUUCCUGACUGAAUUAGGAGAUCACUAGUGAAACUGGCUCUAUCAAUAUGGGAGCUAACCUUGGACGGCUUCUAUGUCAUUAAUAACAAUAAUGCACAAUAGUUGAUGCAAUAUAAAGAAAAAGGAAACCGAUAAGCCCAUUAGAUGUAUACUUAUGCAUGUAUCUAUUACUCAGUACAACAUAAUGAAUGAAAUCUGAGUAUCGAUUGAAAAACAGUUGAAGAGUUAUUGAAACGAAGACUGUCACCCCCUGCUGAUUUGACUGUACCUGCUGAUGGGGGAUAGUCUGCUAGUGGAAUGGGUUCCCCCAGCAGGAGGUGAUAGUGCUGACAUCAUAAAAGCUGAAGCUAGCUGCUUGACAGCAGAGCUUGCUCUUUAGUUGACUGGGGAUCAUGUCCGUCUUUGAGCUGGGAUCAUUGUGAUUAAGUAUUCACAGCUGAUUGGCUGUGCCCAAUUGCUUUGAUAUCAUGUUUUAUUUUGUUAUUAUUAUUAUUAUUAUUAUUAUUAUUAUUAUUAAUUUAGAGUAACCAAUUAUUUUUUUUUUCCCCCAAUUUGGAAUAAUCAAUUAUGUUUUUACUGCAUUUUAUGAUCUCCUUUGACAGGCCUCGCACUUUUAGAAAAGCGUAUUGAAGGAACAAAGCUUCUGUGUAUUUCUGCACUCCUGAAAAGGGAUUGAGCCAUUAAGUGUGCACUGUCUUAAUGAGAGACUGAGAAUGCAUGCAAAUGUUCAGUUUCCUUACAACCCCUUUAAAAAGAAAUACAUUUCAAUGCGUUCUAUAAGUUUAUACUCCCCUGGGAACUGCUAACAAUUAAAUAUGCAAAUGUACUGUGCUGUUUAAUUAAGAUCCAAGAAGAUGGAAAUUGUGAUGCUCUGCAUAUUCUGGAGAACUUGAAUAGGCUAUACAAGCUUAGGCUCUGGGCUUGGUUGAAUGAGCUUUAAUCUUUCUCUCCAGGGUUUUUUUCUGCUGUUUCAUAACAGUACCGUAUGCACUCCACAAUUCAUGCAGAUAACCUUUGCUUUAAUAUUGGCGAACACAGUUUCUCUAAUGAAAUAAAGAGGCUCUUAUCUCGACUUCUUUGAAGGUACUGUCUAAACCUCUAUAAAGUAGUGAGAGACUUUUUUUUUACCCAGUUACUGUACUUCAGGAUGUGAAGCCCUGUCAUCAUUCUGUGAGCAGGACUGGUUCCUUGGUGUGUACUGUAGCGAGGCAUGGUUGAAAUAUGAAGGGGAUUAGUAUAGAUUUAUUGAACAAUGUGUGUUAAGUAUUUCUUUCCCUUGGUUAUGCGGAUCCAAUUAAAGGUGUUCUUGUUUUUCAAAUGUCAGAAAUUCAAGUGCUGGUCCAUUUAAGUCUGAAACUGAGUGAUUUUGUGUUCUUAUUUGAACCCUUGCUGCAACACAAAUCUGCUCGAGACAGCAUUGGCCUCAGUCUCAUCAGUUCAUGUUGUUGGUUCAUCUCCUACCCUUUUCCAACUCUUGCUUGUUCCUCAAUGCCGGUGAAAUAAGAAUCCUAUGCCGUGGUUUUAUGUUGACAAUUUUGGAAUUAAAAAAAAUGCAUUUAUGACAACUAAUCAAGAUGUGCUACUGUGCUGCUUCCUGAAAGCUGCUCCCUAUCGUAUACCCCUAACCGAUCAGAACCCCAUUGGAACAGCACAGCUCUGUUUGUAAUGCUGCAUUGUGUGGGGUCCGCUUCUCCUCUAACACAGUAAACACUGCAUGCAUUGUGACAUAUUAGAGGUAGAAUUCUGUUUCCCCGGAGCUAUAUUACAUAAGAGCUUCUAUUUUGUUCCGCAUUGGUGAUUUACUGCAUGCAUGAUACUGCUCUUUUUUUUAUCUGCAUGAAUCAUUAUUUACAUUUUUAUGGCCAUGUUUUUGAACUAAUUUAUAGCCAGCCAAAUUGGCCAUAACUCCACCUGAUUUAUAUGGAGCAUUGGUUGCCAGCUGUUCGAAGAUACCCCCUCCACCUGCUCCCGGACACGGGCUCCUGCUCACCUGUGGGGAAACGCAGGUAACCGAGUUAGCUUACAUGCACAGAGCUCAUAAAGGGACCCCUUCUAGUGCUGUUUGGAAAUGCAUCCAUCCCACCAAGGUGACAACAUGAGUGCUGAUGAGCUAGAUACAAGAUGUUUAUUAAUAUGUUGUGAUAGUAACAUUGAUAAACAAUAAUAUAUUAUCAGCAUGGUGUUGGUUUGUUGAUGUAAACUAAUGAAUAACAGUGACCUUUCUUUGUGUUUUGCUAGACAGUUCAGUCCAUACAGGACGCACUCUUUAAAAUUAUUAAAAUGCUUAAAUCAUGAAAAUUAAUCAUCCUCUAAUUGGUGCUAGCUAUCAUCAAGUACAGGGGUGUGGACAUUGCAAACUCUGUGGUUUUAGGGAGGUGCCGAUUCAGAAUGAAAUACAUUAUUCACAGUUGACUGUUGAUCCCCUUUUUCGUUAGUGUUAACCACAGAGACACGCAGGGUUCAGUUUGAGAGUGUCUAGCUCUUGUUUUUAGAUCUAACGUGGCUGGAGUCAUUUAUGUGGCCUCAGGAUUAGAUGGAAUACAAAGCACGUCCUAUUAAUUUUAUUUUACUUUUGCACGUUACAGUUCAAAGAGAAUGUUCUAAUAUAGCAACGUUUUUGUAUUAAAAACCUGCAUGCAAUUUUGAGAAGGUCUCUAGUUCAUACCUCAGAAUCUUGUUAACAAAUAAUCUUGCGGUUUUGAGUUGGCUCUGGAGAGGUGGUGUGGACUAUCUAGCUGUGGGGAAUUUAUCAAGCGAAUUGUCUCAUCAGCAUAUCCUAAAAGAGAUUUAAAACAAUCCCAUUUAUUAACACUAAAAACCAAAUCCUAUAUUAAAACUGGCACCCAACAGGAACCAGGAUUAUACAGAGUAUUAUAUUGUUUUGCAAGUGCAGCAUAGAUUUCCACAUCUACUCUCUCUGCACUGCUGCAGAUAGGGUCAGUCCGCAUGUAACCUUACACUAUAUAUUCUGGGAUAAUGUACUUGAGAACAUUGUCUGCUGAAUGCCCUCACGUCCCCAAGUUGUGCCACUCAGUAGCUUCAUCUAAUGGACCAUGGUGCCAUUAGUCUGCUGACUGGGGUGUCAGGACUGAUUAACUGGCAUCCCAAGCUCAGUUUAAUGAGUAAGCAGCUUUGAAUGACGUUACAAUCAUUGUGAUGUUGGAAACUGCGCCGAAUGGGAGUGAUCGCUCUUAAUAAUAUGUUUUAUUGCUCUUUUUCGUAUCGCUUGGAUGCUCUGAGCUGUUUUGAAAUUGCCGGCCUGAGUGCCAAUAGCUUCUGGAAGUUUAUGCUUCCCUUGAAAACACCCUGCUUCCCGGCAAGCAUGAGCAGUCAGUAAGGGUGUGAGUACCUUAUUCUCCAAUGAAAUAUGUGCUUUAUACAGUAUUGGAUGUAAUCAGCUAGCGUAUUAUACAACUUCCCAGUAGCUGCGUUUUCUGAUUGCUAAGAUCUCUGUAAUUGCAACCACCUCCACUUCACUCUUAACCCUCUGGACUUUGCUCCGGUCAUUGUAGAACGGUUUUUUUUCUCCCUCUUUGUAGGAAUUCCUUUGACUUUUAAUAGAUUUAGUCAAAUCAUCAAGUAUAUCAAAUGCUGUUUAGAUCCCUGUGUGAGCUUGUCACUGUGAUCUCGCCUAUCCUCGUUGAACAGGGAUUCCAGGCUACUGUCACACCCACCAGCGCUCAUCAAAACACCCAUAAGCACUGGAGGGAAUAUUACUGGAGGAGAGAAAUAAUGUCUUCAUUUUAAAAGAGCUAUACAUAUUGAAGUCAUUGGAAUACUGAAAUAGGCCUUGCCAUAGCUGUCAUUAAAGUCUAAGCAGCCUUCCAGGCAGGUAUGAUGCCGUAGAAGACCAUGUGCAGUGCAUUUCUCUUUGCUUGUAUGCCGGUGUACAUGAAUGAAAAGCACUUUGUAAAUGCAGCACAUGCCAGGGAGAGUGCAAGGCUGAAGCCAGGCUAGAUUGGAUUAAGUUUGUCAAUUCUAUCAAGAGGGAUCAUUCCAGCCUUUGGCAAUGCGGGUAAUUGAAAAGCGAAGGAAAGGAGGGGCAGCUGCAGUUGAACCAUUGACUCAGAGUAAGCGUUCCGGGUUUCGGGGCAAGGGAGCCUUAUUAUUUGAAUCAGAGAUCACUGUCUGUGGCCUCAACCUUGUCACAGCUAAAUGAAGUCAUUCAAUUUCCCCCUGAGCUGCCUGUUCAAACACUAUUGAAAAAUAGUGUUUAAACAAUUUAUCAGUUAUAUUUCUUGGUCAAAAAAAAUUCAAGAAAAUGCCUGCAUUCAAUUUUCUGGAUUGAGUAAUCCAUUAAGUUUUUGCUUCUUAUUUUGAUUCAUUGAGAAUAGUGCAGGAGUGCAAUGUAAAACGGGUCCAUGUUCACACGUGUUCACGAGCUCUGUGCUAAUUAAGUGCCCUGCGGUUACAGUUAAUAAAUCAGAACAAAUGCUUUGCUUACUGAAGGAGAACAUUAAUGGCGUGCUGUAAUAAAUGUUUUAACGAUAUUAAAAAAAAAAAAUGUAACGAACAACAUCAAUGGUUUUAAUUGGAAUGUCACAUCUCCAAAUGACAAUUGUGCCUAAAGCAAGAGUCCACAUUGCAUAGAGAGAGCAGAAUCUAGCAGAGAGGAAGUUGCGAUUAAGACACUGCUCUCCAGCCCUGUCACCCACCCCAAAAAGACGUCCACUAAUAGGAGAUU